CCAUUUCUUCUCAGAUUCGUUGGACCUCACGCGUCCUCCAUCCCUUCCCUACCCUCAACGUCUCGCCGCCGACGCCGCCCAGCUCUUCCAGCCGAGGGAUUUCCGCCGCGCCGGUACCGCCCCGGGCCCCUCCGUCGCGGGCGCCUCCCCAUCUCGUGCCUCCCCCGCCGCUCCUCCCCACCACACGCGAGGGGGGCGGCGCCGCUGCCCCGCCCUGUCCCCCAUCUUCUCCGCGUGGAUCCGCCUCCGAGGACUGAGGCUUAUACCUUCAUGGAAACCUUGACAAGUGUUUUGAGUUGUGAUCAUGCCCCCAAUGUGAAGUCAUACCUUCAUCCACUUGAUUAAGAAGGUUUCUACAAUCAUAAGCUGUUCUACUUUUAUAUGGAUUUUUCCUAAACAUCAAUAAAGGAUGAGAUUGAGGAGCAUAAAUGGACUGCGGUGCAAGCAGCUUAAACUCGUCCUUCUUGCUUUCUUCGUGAUGUUUAUUCUCUGGAAAUGGGAGGAAGGAACAUACUACAAUACUAAAGAUAUUCAUCCAGAUUCAUUGGUUGUGUCCCAUCCAGCUAACUCAAAGUUUGUAGAUCAGCAUACAUCCUCAGAUGAAGACUUCCCAAGUGUAGAUUCGUUGCCACCGCCAGUAGUUAAAGUACAAAAACAAGUUACCGGCGCACCACCACCACUGCCCAUUGUCGGUGUUCCUGCUAAUGUGGGAGGUGAACAGGGGGCAUCAUCUUCUGAGCCGAAAGAAUGUAACCACAGAAAUGGAAGAUGGGUUCCUGACAAGCGCAGACCACUCUACUCUGGUUUUGGCUGUAAACAGUGGCUUUCUGAGAGCUGGUCCUGCAGAUUGACUCAGCGCACUGAUUUUGAUUACGAACAAUUUAGAUGGCAACCUGAAGCUUGUGAUAUGCCAGAGUUUGAGGCCUCUCAGUUCUUGAUGAGAAUGCAGGGCAAAACCAUUGCUUAUGUGGGCGAUUCUUUAGGGAGGCAGAUGUUUCAGUCCAUGAUGUGUAUGGCUACUGCUGGAGAAGAGCGGGCAGACGUGGAAGAUGUCGGUGCGGAGUACGGGUUUGUCUUAGCACCAGGCGCAAAAAGACCAGAUGGCUGGGCUUACCGGUUCCCGAGCACCAACACGACCAUUCUAUACCAUUGGUCGUCGACGCUAUGUGAUCUGGAGCCUCUGAAUCCAUCAGAUCCAGCCACCAGCUACGCCAUGCACCUCGACCGCCCACCUGCUUUCGUGCAGGACAACCUCCACAGGAUCCACGUUCUGGUCCUCAACACCGGCCACCACUGGAACCGGGGCAAGCUAAGGGCAAACAAGUGGGAGAUGUACGUCGGCGGAUCCCCGAACCACAACAAGAACAUCGCCGCCAUCUGGAAGGCCAAGAACUUCACCAUCCACAGCGUCAUCAAGUGGCUGGACGCGCAGCUCCCCCGCCACCCCCACCUGAAGGCCUUCUACCGAUCCAUAUCGCCCCGGCAUUUCUUCAACGGGGACUGGGACACCGGCGGCAGCUGUGACAGCACGAGCCCUCUGGCCAAGGGCAGCGGGAUCUCCCAGAACCGCUCCGAGGAUGCCGACGCCGAGGGCGCGGUGAUGGGGACCAGGGUCAGGCUGCUGGAUGUCACCGCUCUGUCGCGCCUGAGGGACGAAGGGCACAUAUCACGGUACAGCAUCAAGGCCACACAGGGGAUCCAGGACUGCCUGCACUGGUGCCUCCCCGGCGUGCCGGACACGUGGAACGAGAUCCUCGCGGCCCAGUUGUUAUAGUCUGUAUGUAGUUGGAUGGAAAAUGAGCUAAUUGUUGCUGAUCAACUUAGUCCAUGUUAUGAUAUGUAUACGGGGAUUAUUGCUGGUAUUUACUGCAGAGCUUCUAUGGUGGGGAUACAUGGAAACAGCAGGAAGCAAGCAGCAAGGGGUUCUUUCUGUAAUGUAACUUGUGGUACUCAUGCCACUUGUCUCCUACAGUACCUAGGAAAUGCGUUACUGAGUAGGUAACUACUACUCCCUCCGUCCCUAAUAUAAGAGCGUUUUUUA